AUGCUACCACAGAGUUUGUCUUGCCGGCUGCUGGUCCUGCUGCGGCGUGGGGCCGCUCCUCUAGCGGCUGGCCAUGGCUCCCCCGGGUUGCGGCUGCCCCCCGGCCGUCCGGCCGCCUCUGCCUUCUCCCCGGUGCGGCUGCAGCAGGACCGGGAAGCGAAGGGAGGAAGAGGGGCGCCGGCCGCGGGGACGAUGGUGGACCCCAGCCGACUGGAGGAGAGCUUCGUGUUCCCGGAGUACGUUCCCGAGUCGGACCCCGACGUGGAGCCGUCAGUGUCGGCGGAGCUGCAGCGCAGGCAGGAGGAAGAGGAGCGGAAGCAGCUACAGCGGGACGAGCGGCUGCAGCGGCGGCUAGUGCAGCAGCAGAGGAAGAGCCGGGCCAAGGGGCAGCACCCGGUGGUUGGGAGCCCCGACCCCACCGUGCCGGCCAGCGGCGUCAACUGCUCGGGCUGCGGGGCGGAGCUGCACUGUCAGGACCAGUCGGUGCCGGGUUACCUGCCCAGCGAGAAGUACCGCAGCCUGGAGGCGCAGGGCGAGACGGGCGGGCUGGCCCGGGCCGUGUGUCAGCGCUGCUGGCUCCUGGUGCAUCACCAUAGGGCUCUGCGGGUGCGGGUGAACUGGGAGCAGUACCGAGAGCUGGUGCACGCAGCGCUGCGGCGCCCCGGGCCGGCCUUCGUGCUCUACCUGGUGGAUGUGCUCGACCUGCCGGACCCCCUGCUGCCAGAACUGCCCGACCUGCUGGGCCCUAAGCAGCUGAUCGUGCUGGGCAACAAGGUGGACCUGCUACCCGGGGACUCCCCCGACUACCUGCGGAGGCUCCGGGAGCGCCUUUGGGAAGAAUGCGCCCGCGCCGGCCUCCAGCCGGCUCCCAGAAAGGCAAAGAGGAGGCAGGCCGGAGCCGGGCCCAGGGUAGAGGAGGAGGCUCCGGGGGCCAAGCCGGUCCGACCGGGCUGUCUGGUCCAGGACGUGAUGCUUAUCAGCGCCAAGACUGGCUACGGGGUGGAGGAGAUGAUCUCGGUGCUGCAGCGUUCCUGGCGCUAUCGGGGCGAUGUCUACCUGGUGGGCGCCACUAACGCCGGCAAGUCCACGCUCUUCAACGCCCUCCUGCAGUCCGACUACUGCAUCGCCCAGGGCGCGGACGCCAUGGACCGGGCCACCAUCUCCCCCUGGCCAGGAACAACCUUAAAUCUCCUGAAAUUUCCUAUUAGCAACCCUACCCCUUACAGAAUGUUUGAAAGGAACAGGAGACUUAAAGAAGAGGCAGCUAAAAGUGAAGAUGACCUUGAUGAGCGAGAGCAAAAGCAUCUUAAUCAAAUGAAAAAGCAGGGUUAUUUAGUAGGAAGAGUUGGAAGAACAUUCUGUUCUCCAAAAAAUGAUGAACCUACUUUCGAAUUUGAUGCCGAUUCACUUGCCUUUGACAUGGAGAAUGAGCCUCCGAAAAUAACACACGAUGAACCUGCCAGGCCUGUGGAACUGACACCUCAACAAAUGAAAGAUGUCCACUGGUUUUAUGAUACCCCUGGAAUUGUAAAAGAAAAUUGUGUCUUAAAUUAUCUGACGGAAAAGGAAGUAAAUAUUGUUUUGCCAACACAUUCCAUUGUCCCAAGAACCUUUAUUUUGAAACCUGGAAUGGUUCUGUUUUUGGGUGCUCUGGGACGCUUAGAUUACCUUCAGGGAGCUACAUCAGCUUGGUUUUCUGUUGUGGCAUCAAACUUACUUUCAAUCCACAUUACUACCUUGGAGAAAGCAGAUACCAUCUAUCAGAAGCAUGCAGGUCAAACAUUACUUCAGGUUCCAAUGGGUGGAGUUGAAAGAAUGGCAGAGUUCCCAUCUCUGGUUUCUCAAGACAUUACAUUGGAAGGAAUUGGGAAGCUUGAGGCAGUGGCUGAUAUCAAGCUUUCUUCUGCUGGUUGGGUUGCAAUAACAUCUCCAUCAAAAGACAAACUACAUCUUCGAGGCUACACACCUCAAGGGACAACUCUGACCAUUCGGCAGCCUCCUCUUUUGCCUCACAUUGUUAAUGUCAAGGGUGAACGAAUCAAGAACAGUGUGGCGUAUAAAACUAAAAGGCCACUUUCCUUGGUGGAUAGACUGAAAUCGAGUGGCAAAAGAAAAUAAAUUAAACGAGAAAUUAGUAAAUGUAGGGCAUUGUUAUUAAUUAUAUGAACUACAAACAUGAGUAUUGCUAUAAAUUACGAAAGCCAAUUUUUUCUAGGAAAAGAUCUAU